CAACAUGGCGGACAGCAUGCAUGAUUCGUAGUGUGAACGUCUGCGUCAAGCUAUUCAUCCAAUUUGCUAAGAACGUGAACUUCUUUUCAGGGCUCUGAUCUGCAGUGAAACCGCCAGCAUGGCGGCGUGGGGCCAACCCGCCGUUGCAGGGUUACCAGCUGAAAUAACUGAAGAAAAACUUCAGGAUAAAGCCCGAAAAUGGCAGCAACUCCAGUCAAAGAGAUACAGCGAAAAAAGAAAGUUUGGAUUUGUGGAGGCACAAAAAGAAGACAUGCCUCCAGAGCAUGUUAGGAAGAUCAUUCGAGAUCAUGGUGACAUGUCCAGCAGAAAAUAUCGACAUGAUAAGCGGGUGUACUUAGGUGCACUGAAAUACAUGCCUCAUGCAGUGCUGAAGUUACUUGAGAACAUGCCUAUGCCUUGGGAGCAGAUUCGAGAUGUGAAAGUUCUUUAUCAUAUCACUGGAGCUAUCACAUUUGUGAAUGAGAUUCCAUGGGUUGUAGAACCUGUCUAUUUGGCCCAGUGGGGCACUAUGUGGAUCAUGAUGCGUCGUGAGAAGAGAGACAGAAGACAUUUCAAGAGAAUGAGGUUCCCUCCAUUUGACGAUGAAGAGCCGCCUCUGGAUUACGCUGAUAACAUCCUGGAUGUUGAACCUCUUGAGCCAAUCCAGAUUGAGUUAGAUCCUGAAGAAGAUGGAAGUGUUUAUGAGUGGUUUUAUGAACACAAUCCCCUCGUCGAUACCAAAAUGGUCAAUGGAUCUUCGUACAGAAAGUGGAACAUCACCCUACCAAUCAUGUCUACACUUUACCGUCUGGGAAACCAACUUCUGACUGAUUUGGUAGAUGACAACUACUUUUACUUGUAUGAUUUGAAGGCAUUUUUCACGGCUAAAGCUUUGAAUGUUGCCAUUCCUGGAGGACCAAAAUUUGAGCCUCUAGUGCGAGAUGUCAAUGUUCACGAUGAAGACUGGAAUGAAUUUAAUGACAUAAACAAGAUCAUCAUUCGGCAGCCUGUGAGGACAGAGUACAGAAUUGCUUUCCCUUAUCUGUUCAACAGUUUGCCAUACAAAGUGCAUCUGCCCUGGUAUCACCAUCCCUCAGUUGUUUACAUAAAAACAGAGGACCCUGAUCUGCCAGCAUUUUACUUUGAUCCCCUUGUGAAUCCAAUUGCCCACAGGCAUGCUGUCAAGACAACAGAACCACUACCUGAUGAUGAUGAAGAGUUUGAACUACCUGAAGAAAUCCAGCCAUUCCUGCAAGACACACCACUGUACACAGAUAACACAGCAAAUGGUAUUGCUUUGCUCUGGGCCCCCAGACCAUUCUGCUUGAGAUCUGCUCGGACUCGUCGAGCCAUUGAUAUACCACUGGUUAAGACUUGGUAUCGUGAACACUGUCCAUCUGCUCACCCAGUUAAGGUGCGGGUAUCAUAUCAAAAGCUUCUCAAGUGCUAUGUUUUGAAUGCACUGAAACACAGAGCACCAAAAGCACAAAAGAAAAGAUAUUUGUUCAGAUCCUUCAAAGCGACAAAGUUCUUUCAAACAACAACUCUUGACUGGGUGGAAGUAGGACUUCAAGUGUGCCGGCAAGGCUACAACAUGCUGAAUCUACUGAUCCACAGAAAGAAUCUAAACUACCUCCAUUUGGAUUACAACUUCAAUCUGAAGCCAGUUAAGACUCUUACCACAAAGGAAAGAAAGAAGUCCAGAUUUGGAAAUGCUUUCCAUCUUUGUCGGGAGAUUCUGCGACUCACAAAGCUGGUAAUAGAUUCCCAUGUGCAGUACAGAUUGGGCAAUGUGGACAGUUUUCAGCUUGCUGAUGGUCUGCAGUACACCUUUGCUCAUGUUGGUCAGUUGACUGGAAUGUACAGAUACAAGUACAAGCUUAUGAGACAAAUCAGAAUGUGUAAAGACAUCAAACAUCUCAUCUACUACAGAUUUAACACUGGACCAGUUGGGAAGGGUCCAGGAUGCGGAUUAUGGGCACCUGGCUGGAGGGUGUGGCUUUUCUUUCUGCGCGGUGUUGUGCCCCUCCUAGAACGUUGGCUUGGUAACCUUCUAGCCAGGCAGUUUGAAGGCAGACACUCCAAGGGUGUGGCCAAAACAGUUACUAAGCAGCGAGUGGAAAGCCACUUUGAUUUGGAGUUACGAGCAGCUGUCAUGCAUGACAUCCUUGACAUGAUGCCAGAGGGUAUUAAGCAGAACAAGGCCAGAGUCAUUCUGCAGCAUCUGAGUGAAGCCUGGAGAUGCUGGAAAGCUAAUAUUCCCUGGAAGGUGCCUGGCCUUCCAACACCAGUGGAGAACAUGAUUUUGCGUUACGUCAAAGCCAAGGCUGAUUGGUGGACAAACACAGCUCACUACAACAGGGAACGUAUCCGCCGUGGUGCCACAGUCGAUAAAACUGUUUGUAAGAAAAAUCUUGGACGUCUGACAAGACUCUAUCUCAAAGCUGAACAAGAAAGACAGCAUAAUUACCUAAAGGAUGGUCCUUACAUCUCUGCUGAGGAAGCAGUUGCAAUCUACACGACAACAGUUCAUUGGCUGGAGAGCAGGAGGUUCUCACCAAUCCCAUUCCCUCCUCUGUCGUACAAGCAUGACACCAAACUGCUCAUUCUAGCUCUGGAGAGACUCAAGGAAGCAUACAGUGUAAAAAGUCGUUUGAACCAGUCGCAGAGGGAAGAGUUGGGACUGAUUGAACAAGCAUACGACAACCCUCAUGAGGCACUCAGCAGAAUCAAGCGUCAUUUACUAACACAGAGAGCUUUUAAAGAGGUCGGCAUUGAGUUCAUGGACUUGUACAGCCAUCUUAUCCCAGUGUACGAUGUUGAGCCAUUGGAGAAAAUCACAGAUGCCUACCUAGACCAAUAUUUAUGGUAUGAAGCUGACAAGAGACGUCUGUUUCCCCCAUGGGUCAAGCCAUCAGACACUGAACCACCUCCACUUCUUACAUACAAAUGGUGCCAAGGAAUCAACAACUUGCAAGAUGUCUGGGAGACGUCUGAAGGAGAAUGCAAUGUUAUGAUGGAGUCUAACUUUGAAAAGAUGUACGAGAAGAUUGAUUUGACUUUGCUGAAUCGACUGCUGCGUCUGAUUGUUGAUCACAACAUUGCUGAUUACAUGACGGCAAAGAACAACAUUGUGAUCAAUUACAAGGACAUGAAUCACACCAACUCCUAUGGCAUCAUCCGUGGUCUGCAGUUUGCGUCAUUCAUCGUGCAGUACUAUGGGUUGGUGAUGGAUCUUCUGGUGUUGGGUCUACAGAGAGCGAGUGAAAUGGCUGGACCUCCACAGAUGCCAAAGGAUUUCUUGACUUUCCAAGAUGUACAGACAGAGUCGCAGCAUCCCAUCAGUUUGUACUCGAGAUACAUUGACAAAGUUCACAUUUUCUUCAGGUUUACAGCAGAUGAAGCUCGUGAUCUGAUCCAGCGUUACUUGACAGAGCAUCCUGACCCAAAUAAUGAAAACAUUGUAGGCUACAACAACAGGAAAUGCUGGCCCAGGGAUGCCCGCAUGAGGCUCAUGAAGCAUGACGUCAAUCUUGGGCGUGCUGUGUUCUGGGACAUAAAGAACCGCUUGCCAAGAUCUGUGACAACACUCAACUGGGAUGAAAGUUUUGUGUCUGUCUACAGCAAAGACAAUCCAAAUCUGUUGUUUAACAUGUGUGGCUUUGAAUGCCGCAUUCUUCCAAAAUGUCGCACAACAUUUGAGGAAUUCACUCACAGGGAUGGAGUUUGGAACUUGCAAAAUGAGGUCACUAAAGAGCGAACUGCUCAGUGCUUCCUCAAGGUUGAUGAUGAGUCUCAGCAGCGAUUCCACAACAGAGUUCGUCAAAUCUUGAUGGCGUCUGGUUCCACUACGUUGACCAAGAUUGUGAACAAAUGGAACACGGCUUUGAUUGGUUUGAUGACUUAUUACAGGGAAUCAGUCGUCAAUACUCAAGAGCUGCUGGAUUUGUUGGUGAAAUGCGAAAACAAGAUCCAAACUCGUAUCAAGAUCGGGCUGAAUUCCAAGAUGCCUAGUCGGUUCCCUCCUGUUGUGUUUUACACUCCUAAAGAGCUGGGAGGACUUGGUAUGUUGUCCAUGGGUCAUGUCCUCAUUCCACAGUCAGAUCUCAGGUGGUCACAACAGACCGAUGUAGGAAUCACUCACUUUAGAUCUGGAAUGAGUCAUGACAAAGAUCAGUUGAUCCCUAACUUGUACAGGUACAUUCAGCCUUGGGAAAGUGAAUUCAUUGAUUCCCAGCGAGUGUGGGCAGAAUACGCGUUAAAACGGCAAGAAGCCAAUGCUCAGAACAGACGUUUGACUUUGGAAGAUUUGGAGGACUCGUGGGAUCGUGGAAUCCCUCGUAUCAACACACUGUUUCAGAAGGACAGACACACGCUUGCUUACGAUAAAGGAUGGAGAGUGAGAACAGACUUCAAACAGUACCAGGUUCUAAAACAGAAUCCAUUCUGGUGGACACAUCAGCGCCAUGACGGAAAACUAUGGAACUUGAACAACUACCGCACAGACAUGAUUCAGGCCCUUGGUGGUGUCGAAGGAAUCCUGGAACACACGCUCUUUAAAGGAACUUACUUCCCCACCUGGGAGGGUCUGUUCUGGGAGAAGGCCAGUGGAUUCGAGGAGUCCAUGAAAUACAAGAAACUGACCAAUGCACAGAGAUCUGGUUUGAAUCAGAUUCCCAACAGAAGAUUCACCCUGUGGUGGUCACCGACUAUUAACAGAGCUAACUGCAGCGACAUCAUGGACAGUACUACAACCCAAAAGUACUGGGUCGACGUGCAGCUCCGUUGGGGAGACUACGACUCGCAUGACAUUGAAAGAUACGCACGCGCAAAGUACCUGGACUACACCACUGACAACAUGAGUAUCUACCCCUCCCCCACAGGGGUGCUUAUUGGCAUUGACUUGGCAUAUAAUCUGCACAGUGCCUUUGGCAACUGGUUCCCAGGAGUGAAACCGCUCAUCCAACAGGCCAUGGCAAAGAUCAUGAAGGCCAAUCCCGCCUUGUAUGUGCUGAGGGAGAGAAUAAGGAAAGGCCUUCAGUUGUACUCCAGUGAACCCACUGAGCCUUACCUGUCUUCACAGAACUACGGAGAACUCUUCUCCAACCAGAUCAUCUGGUUUGUGGACGACACUAAUGUUUACAGAGUCACAAUUCACAAGACAUUUGAGGGUAAUUUAACAACCAAACCUAUCAACGGCGCCAUCUUUAUAUUCAAUCCUCGCACGGGGCAGCUCUUCCUGAAGAUCAUUCAGACCUCAGUGUGGGCGGGACAGAAACGUCUUGGACAGCUGGCGAAAUGGAAGACAGCAGAAGAAGUGGCGGCCUUAAUUCGCUCGCUUCCAGUAGAGGAACAACCUAAACAGAUCAUUGUUACAAGAAAAGGCAUGCUCGACCCUCUGGAGGUUCAUCUGUUGGAUUUCCCGAACAUUGUUAUCAAAGGCAGUGAGUUACAGCUUCCUUUCCAAGCUUGUUUGAAGGUUGAGAAGCUUGGUGACAUGAUUUUGAAAGCCACAGAGCCGCAGAUGGUGUUGUUUAACUUGUACGACGAUUGGCUGAAGACUAUUUCGUCUUACACAGCAUUUUCUCGUCUGAUCCUCAUUCUUCGCGCCUUGCACGUCAACGCUGACCGUACAAAGGUCAUCCUUAAACCGGACAAGACCACAAUUACAGAACCCCAUCACAUCUGGCCAACACUGACCGACGAGGAAUGGGUGCCAGUUGAGGUGGCUCUAAAGGAUCUGAUCUUAGCUGACUAUGGCAAAAAGAACAACGUGAACGUAGCUUCCCUGACGCAGUCUGAGAUCCGCGAUAUCAUCCUUGGAAUGGAGAUUUCUGCUCCUUCGCAACAGAGGCAGCAGAUAGCUGAAAUCGAGAAGCAGACCAAGGAACAGUCACAGCUGACAGCCACUACCACUCGGACUACCAACAUCCAUGGAGAUGAAAUCAUUGUUUCUACAACCUCAAACUACGAGACACAGACGUUCUCGUCCAAGACAGAGUGGCGUGUCAGAGCCAUCUCGGCAACAAACCUUCAUCUGAGAACCAACCAGAUUUACGUGUCAUCAGAUGACAUCAAAGAAACAGGCUUUACCUACAUCUUGCCAAAGAAUAUUCUGAAGAAGUUUAUUGUGAUUUCGGAUUUGAGGACACAGAUCGCCGGUUACUUGUACGGAGUAAGUCCGCCUGAUAACCCCCAGGUUAAAGAGAUCCGGUGUAUUGUGAUGGUACCGCAAUGGGGCACACACCAGACAGUGCACUUACCGAACAUGUUACCACAGCAUGACUACCUCAAGGAGAUGGAACCCUUAGGGUGGGUUCACACCCAACCCAACGAACUACCACAGCUGUCUCCUCAAGACGUUACAACGCACGCUAAGAUCAUGGCGGACAAUCCGUCUUGGGAUGGCGAGAAAACUGUCAUCAUUACAUGCAGUUUUACCCCGGGUUCCUGUUCACUAACAGCCUACAAACUGACCCCCUCGGGUUACGACUGGGGGCGGAACAACAAGGACACCGGUAACAAUCCCAGGGGUUACCUUCCGUCUCAUUACGAGAAGGUGCAGAUGCUGUUGUCAGAUCGCUUCCUCGGUUUCUUUAUGGUACCCACUCAGGGAUCCUGGAACUUCAAUUUUAUGGGUGUUCGUCACUCUCCUAACAUGCGUUACGAGUUGCAGUUGUCCAACCCCAAAGAGUUCUACCAUGAAGUCCAUCGGCCCUCGCACUUCCUCAACUUCAGCACCAUGGAGGAUGUGGAAGUUAUCGGCGCUGAUAGAGAUGAUAUGUUCUCUUAGCUUGCCUGUGAAGGGGCCAAGAGUUGAUUGAUUACGGAUUGACUGGUUACUUUGGGAGGUCAUAUUUACAUGGCCUCUUCCAAAGGAGUGAAAAUUCUAUGAGUGCUCACUUUUAGUGUCGUAUACACCAAAAUCUUCUUCGAAGGAAUUUGCCGCGCCUUAGAGGGUCGGGACAUGCGUUGGAAUGAAGGCUUUCUCUGAGCAGGAGUAGUUUUUAUUCCGUAGGUAAUAGUUCUGUACAAGUAGUCAGACUCUAUCACUGGUUGUCUUAGAGCAUAAAACUAUCAUGAGAAAUAACAUGUUGUUUUUCUUUUAAUGUUAAUAGACUUCUUGAUUACGCUUUCCAGUUUUGUACUCUCUGUUUUUGUAUAUACUUUUAAUAAAGUACGUCUUAACAGUAAGUUUAAAUUGUCGUAGCAUAAGUUUUGUAAUGUCAUGUAGUCAAACCUCCAUCGUUUUGUUUGUAGCGAACCAAAUAAACGUUUCCUUAUACUUGUUUUC